CCAAGAACUUUAUUGUUAUGUUUCCCUAUUAGGUAUAAGAAUGGAAAGGAAAUCGCCCCGUCGGACAAAGCCCAGCCGAAAAAGGUUGCCGACAACAAAUACCAACUGGUUAUUCCCGAUGCCGGAAAGGAUGAUACGGCUGACUACAAGGUCGUACUCACCGACGAUGAUGGCAAUACAGCCGAGUCUGGUUGCGCUCUUACUGUGAAACUUCCUGGUGCCAUUGAGAUCGUCAAAGGUCUUGAGGACACUACCGUACCCAGGAAAGAGACCGGCACUCUGGAAAUUGAAACCAGCCGACCACCGAAGCAGGUCAAAUGGUACAAGAACGGCAAGGAAAUCUCCCCAUCUGAUAAGGCCCAACCGAAAAAGGUUGCCGAGAACAAGUACCAGCUGGUUAUCCCCAAUGCCGGAAAGGAUGACUCGGCUGACUACAAGGUUGUACUCACCGACGAGGACGGCAAUACCGCCGAGUCUAGCUGCGCUCUCACGGUCAAGCUUCCAGAAGCUAUUAAGAUCGUCAAAGGGCUUGAGGAUACCACCAUACCUCAGAAGCAGACCGGAGUACUUGAAAUCGAAACUAGUCGACCACCCAAGCAGGUCAAAUGGUACAAAAACGGCAAGGAGAUCACACCAUCUGACAAGGUACAACCGAAGAAGGUUGCUGACAAUAAGUACCAACUGGUCAUUCCAAAUGCUGCCAAGGAAGAUACUGCCGACUACAAGGUUGUGCUAACUGAUGAUGACGACAACACGGCUGAAUCCAGUUGUGCACUCACCGUUAAACUACCGGCCAUUGAGAUCGUUAAAGGUCUUGAAGACACGACUGUACCAAGUGGAAAGAAGGCCGUACUUGAAGUGGAAACAAGCAAGCCACCAAAACAAGUCAAAUGGUAUAAGAAUGGAAAAGAGCUUGCACCAUCCGAUAAGCCAGAAAUGAAGAAGGUGAACGAUACCAAACACCAGCUGGUCAUUCCAGAUGCCAGUGAAGAAGACACUGCUGACUACAAAGUAAGGCGUUUUCCUUGUUCCUUGUUCUCCCUCAAUCAGAAAGUCAGUGCCCUCCUGAAAAGGAUGCCUAUGAGUUUUGAAGGCAACAUUUUGAGAAAUGCAAUUAAACAAACAAACAUUACAGAGCUGACAACAGGUACCACAAAGUAG